GAACGUGCGUGCGUGCGUGCGUGUGCGUGCGUGCGUGUGUGUUGUUGUUGUUGUUUGUGCUCUCCUUGGAGCGUACCGGCGGCACAGCAAUGAGCGAAAACAACGGCAGCAGCAGCACAACCAUCACAGCCGCGAAUGGACCGCGCGUCGUCACCAUCUACAAGACGGAAACUGGCUUCGGUUUCAAUGUGCGCGGACAGGUGUCCGAGGGCGGACAAUUGCGUUCCAUUAACGGUGAACUGUACGCUCCGCUGCAGCAUGUUAGCGCUGUGCUGGAGAACGGCGCCGCCGAGAAGGCUGGCAUCAAGAAAGGCGAUCGCAUACUCGAGGUCAAUGGCGUCAGCGUGGAGGGCGCCACACACAAGCAGGUGGUGGAUCUGAUCAAAUCUGGUGGGGAUUGCCUGACCCUGACGGUGAUAUCUGUGACACAGCAGGAGGCCGACAGACUGGAGCCGCAGGAGGAUCAAACCGGCUACUCCUACAUAGACUACUCCGACAAGCGCUCCUUGCCCAUCAGCAUACCCGACUACAGCAUUGUGAAUCGGAAUGGUGAACGCUAUAUUGUCUUCAAUAUCCAUAUGGCCGGACGGCAGCUGUGCUCUCGUCGGUAUCGUGAGUUCGCCAAUUUGCAUUCGCUGCUGCGCAAGGAGUUCAGCGGCUUUAACUUUCCGAAGCUGCCCGGCAAAUGGCCAUUCCAGCUGAGCGAACAGCAGCUGGACACACGCCGGCGCGGCCUCGAACAGUAUCUGGAGAAGGUGUGCGCGGUGCGCGUGAUUGCCGAAAGCGAUGCUGUGCAGGAUUUUCUAACCGAUACCGAGGACGAUAUAUCCGCAUCGCCGGUGGACAUAAAGGUUAUGCUGCCCGAUCAUGAGGUGACCAGCGUUUCGGUUAAGAAAUCGUCCACUGCCCAGGUCGUCUGGGAGAUACUGGUGCAGCGCGCCAAUCUGACAGCCUAUACGCAACAAUAUUUCUAUCUGUUCGAGAUUGUCGAAUACAAUUUCGAGCGCAAGUUGCAGCCGCACGAGAUACCGCAUCAGCUCUAUGUGCAGAACUAUAGCACCGCCUCGUCGACAUGCCUCUGUGUGCGGCGUUGGCUCUUCUCGAUCGGCAAGGAGCUGAAGCUGCCCGUUGGCGAGCAGGCGGCACGUUUCAUCUUCUAUCAGGCCGUCGAUGAGGUGAAUCGCGGUAAUAUACGCGCCGAUGGCCGGCUCUAUGAGCUGAAAGCCUUGCAGGAUGCCAAAAAGGCCAACGAUUAUUUAACACUGGCCCGCACACUGCCCGGUUACGGUGAUGUCGUCUUUCCGCACUGCUCCUGUGAUAGUCGCAAGGAGGGACAUGUUGUGCCCGCCGUCGGAAUGAAAAGCUUUCGCCUCCACGCCUGCCGCGAUGAUGGCUCCCUGGAGGCGCAAAUGGUGGAGCUAACAUGGGAUAGCAUAACGCGCUCCGAAAGCGAUGAGGAGUCCAUGUCAUUUUGCUUUCAGUACAAUCGUCCAGAUAAGCCGGCACGUUGGGUCAAAGUCUAUACGCCAUAUCACGCAUUUCUUGCGGACUGCUUUGAUCGUAUUAUGGAGGAGCGCAAAUGGGAGGACAGCGGCGAUUAGGAAGGAAGAAAGGAAGGAAGGAAGAUUGUAUACACACACAUAUUAGUAUAUAUAAUAUAUACACGUAUAUAUAUAUAUUGCAGCGUUAUCAUCUCAACAACAUCACAGCGAGCGGCUCAAUGCAAUCUUAGUCACACACACACACACCUCCACACCUGCACACAUACACACACGCUGAGACUU